UACUCUGCAGGCGGCCAAUGAAGCUACACGCCGAGGCUUUAGUUUGAACAAGUUUUAUACAAAAUCUCCCAAUUCUCUGUUUCACUAAGUUAAAAUGACGGAGGAAGUCAACCCGAAGGCUUAUCCGCUGGCGGACCAGGCGCUGACAUCGAAAAUCAUGACCCUGAUCCAGCAAGCUGUCAACUACAAACAGCUGCGACGUGGUGCCAACGAAGCCACCAAAACGCUGAACCGUGGUCUGUCCGAGUUCAUCGUGAUGGCGGCGGAUGCCGAGCCAUUGGAGAUCAUCCUCCAUCUGCCGUUGCUGUGCGAGGACAAGAACGUACCGUACGUGUUCGUUCGCUCGAAGCAAGCCCUGGGUCGUGCCUGCGGUGUGUCACGACCGAUUGUGGCCUGUUCCGUCACGAUCAACGAGGGUUCGCAGCUCAAGUCGCAGAUCGUCACCAUCCAGCAGGAGAUCGAGCGCUUGCUGGUUUAGAUUCAUGUUCGACCUCCGUCGUGUGUGUACAAAUUUUCCAUAGCAUUUAGCACCGAUUGAGUUUAUAAACGAACAGGAUUAUAAGACGAAGGGAUUUUUGUUGUAAAAAAUCUGAGCAUAAAAGUUUACUUUUCA